AUGGCAUCAAAACGUGCACGUCAACGUUCUACGGAAGCGAAUAUGUUGAAUAGUGAAUACCCAAGAGAAACGAAGACAACAAAUGGAGCCAGACAGCGACAGAGGAAGGUGGGCCGAAAUGGCGGUGGUGACAAUUUUGGGCAGGAAGAUCCAAAGGAAGUGGUUAGAACUGCAAGUGAGAAUCAACAUAUCCGUCAUGUACCGGAAGCGACGCAACCCAUGAGAAAGGGACGAAAACGUCCACGAAACUCCUCUGACACGACUUCACGUAGUCAGCCACUUGCCAAGAGAGGUCCUGGAGCCAAGCCUGUUGAAGAACGGGCAAAGAAAGUUCCGACAACGAAGCAUGGUCUUGGAAGUUCGUCUGCCAUUGCUGAUGCGACCAGACGAGACAAACUUGGCCCCGGCACCAAACCUCGGUCUACAGAGAAGGAAGGAGGGCAGGUGAAGGUAUUCGGGGAAGGAGAGUACGGGUACGUGGUUAGAGGCGAGUACAACCCGGCAGGUGCUGAAAUUGCCGACGUGGUAGUCAAAUACGUCAAGAAUGGCAAAUCGGACCUGGAAGAAAUCACACACGAAGCCCGCAUGCUGGCGUAUCUGUCCGACACAGGGUGUGUGCCGAAAGUUUACGGUCUCCUGAGGGCAAAGACCAAGAAAAACGAACCUGCCAUUGUGCAGGAGUGUGUAGGUGACGGACUGAGCUUAAGAGACGUUCUAAAACUGAAAGCCGCUCAGUCUACUUGGGUGAAACUCUGUCUGCAGUCUGCUGAAGCACUUCAGAAAAUUCACGCCAAGGGCGCUCUGCUCAACGACAUCAAACCGGACAAUAUGAUGGUGGAUUGUUCCCGCGUGGGAAACAAUGUCCGGUUCAUCGACAUGGGAAUGGCUUCUCACACGUACGGUAUCUGCUACCAGUGUGAUCCAUCAAUGGACUUGAGCCGUCAUCUGGCACCGGAAGUGAAGAGAGGCGGUCUGACCUCUGAACUAUCCGAUAUUUACAGUCUUGGCAAGGUCAUCGAAGACAUUGGACACAGGGCCAGGAACGCUCAGUUAUACGUCAUCGGGCAAUUGAUGACGUUUGAACAUCCCACUCAAAGAUGCAGCUUAGAGUCUGUGAUAAAACUUCUCAAAGACUUUGCCAGUCGGUUGGCUUAA